UCAAUCUCCGAUGGUCUCUCCAACGAUCAGCUGAAGCCUCAUGCAAUCCUCGCCUCUCCCGGGUUACCUUGCAACAGAGUUGCAGUCUGGGAUCCGGCGGCUGUGACAAUGUUGCUGAAUUGGUAGCCAGGAGCCUGCAGCCCGGAGCUGUACGAAGUCUAAACUUUAAAAAAUCGCUUUCCAGAAGAGGAAGAGAAAAUUGCACUAUUUAGAAGCAUACAUAUAUUAUAUGCAUAAAUACACACAUAUAUAUAUACAUAUAUAUAUAAAGAGAAAAAAUAUAUACACAUCCUUCCCUCCCCCAUGAGUGGAUUUUUCUGGUUAUCUGAAUAGAGAUCCUAGAGGAAAUCUUAGGACUUCUUGCUUUUCAUAAUUAAAAGAGAGAGAGAGAGAGAGAGAAGAAGAAAGCAACCAGAAACCAUUUCAUCUGCCGCUUGCUUGCUGCCUCCUUUUGCAAGAUGAAGAAGUUUUUUGACUCCCGCCGAGAGCAAGGAGGCUCUGGCCCGGGGUCUGGCUCCAGCGGAGGAGGGGGGAGCAGCUCCGGCCCAGGGAGUGGGUACAUCGGCCGGGUCUUCGGCAUCGGAAGACAUCAGGUCACGGUGGAUGAAGUAUUGGCUGAAGGGGGAUUUGCCAUUGUCUUCCUGGUGAGAACAAGCAAUGGGAUGAAGUGUGCCCUCAAACGCAUGUUUGUCAACAAUGAACAUGACCUCCAAGUGUGCAAGAGAGAAAUCCAGAUCAUGAGGGACCUGUCAGGACACAAGAACAUUGUUGGCUACAUCGAUUCUAGUAUCAACAAUGUGAGUAGUGGCGAUGUGUGGGAAGUUCUAAUUCUCAUGGAUUUUUGCCGAGGAGGUCAAGUGGUGAACUUGAUGAACCAGCGUUUACAGACGGGCUUCACAGAGAAUGAAGUGCUACAGAUAUUCUGUGACACCUGUGAGGCUGUCGCCCGCCUGCAUCAGUGCAAAACACCCAUUAUCCACCGGGAUCUGAAGGUGGAAAACAUCCUGCUGCAUGACCGAGGUCAUUAUGUCCUGUGUGAUUUUGGCAGUGCCACCAACAGAUUCCAGAACCCACAAGCUGAGGGAGUCAAUGCAGUAGAGGAUGAGAUUAAGAAGUACACGACGCUUUCCUAUCGAGCUCCAGAAAUGGUCAACCUGUAUAGUGGCAAAAUUAUCACUACAAAGGCCGACAUUUGGGCCCUUGGUUGUUUGUUGUAUAAAUUAUGCUACUUCACAUUACCAUUUGGGGAGAGUCAGGUAGCCAUUUGCGAUGGAAACUUCACGAUUCCUGAUAACUCACGGUAUUCCCAAGACAUGCAUUGCCUCAUACGGUAUAUGUUGGAGCCAGACCCUGACAAGAGGCCAGAUAUUUAUCAGAUCUCGUACUUCUCAUUUAAGCUCGCCAAGAGAGAGUGCCCCAUUCAGAAUGUUCAGAACUCUCCCAUCCCUGCUAAGCUUCCAGAACCAGUGAAAGCCAGUGAGGCAGCUGCGAAAAAAACCCAGCCAAAGGCCAGGCUGACGGAUCCUAUUCCUACAACAGAGACGUCAAUUGCACCUCGCCAAAGGCCAAAAGCUGGACAGACCCAACCGAACCCAGGAAUUCUCCCUAUCCAGCCAGCCUUGACACCUCGAAAGAGACCCACUGUUCAGCCCCCAGCUCAACCUACAGUUGCAGGACCAAGUGUUCCAGCUGGCCUCCCUACCAAUGUCCCUCAACCAAAGCCCCAGCCUUCAAUUAGUCAGCCAGUCCCACAGGCUCCAGCCAAGCAGCCACAGGCUCCACCCACUCCACAGCAGACACCUUCCACUCAGGCCCAGGUUUUACCUGCUCAAGCCCAGGCCACACCCCAGCACCAGCAGCAUCUAUUCCUCAAGCAGCAGCAGCAGCAGCAACAGCAGCAGCAGCAGCAACAACAGCAGCAGCAGCAACAAGCCACCUUUUACCAGCAGCAACAGCCACAGUCACAGCAACAGCAGCAGCAGCAGCAGCAGCAGCUGGCACCAGCUCAGCAGCAGAAGCAAGCACCAAUAAGACAACAAGCAAAGGCUCAGACUACUCCACCCCCUGCCAUCCAGGGGCAGAAGCUUGGAUCUCUCACUCCUCCAUCAUCCCCCAAAGCCCAGCGGGCUGGACACAGGAGAAUCCUCAGUGAUGUAACCCACAGUGCAGUUUUUGGAGUUCCUGCCAGCCAGUCUACUCAGUUGCUUCAGGCAGCUGCAGCUGAAGCAAGCCUCAAUAAGUCCAAGUCUGCAUCCACUACUCCAUCGGGUUCUCCCCGGACCUCUCAGCAAAACGUUUACAACCCUUCUGAAGGCUCCACUUGGAAUCCCUUUGAUGAUGACAAUUUCUCCAAACUCACAGCUGAGGAACUGUUGAACAAAGACUUUGCAAAACUUGGCGAUGGCAAACCUCCUGAGAAACUUGGUGGUUCAGCAGAGAGUUUGAUCCCAGGCUUUCAACCAGGUACAGCCACUACUCAAGCAGAUGCUUUUGGCUCCUCCUCCUUUUCUUCUGGAACUGGAACAGCUGAAAAAACGAAAGAUGUGCUUGGUCUGGAUGCUAGCCCUCCUCUUCUGAAUGUGUCUGAUCCUUUCAUCCCUCUCCCAGUACCUGAUGCACCAGAAAAGCUUAUCGAGGGGCUCAAAUCUCCCAGUACUUCACUUCUCCUUCCUGAUCUCUUACCUCUGGCAGAUCCCUUUGGUAGCACUUCAGAUGCUGUGAAUGGAAAAGUUGAUGUUGCUGUUGAAAGUCUCAUACCAGGACUGGAGCCCCCAAUGCCCCAGCGCCUCCCAUCUCAGACUGACUCUGUCACUUCCAACAGAACAGAUUCUCUCCCUGGGGAAGAUUCCCUUCUUGAUUCCUCUCUGCUUUCUAACCCAGCUACUGACCUUCUAGAUGAGUUCACUCCCAUGGCAAUUUCUGCUCCAGCUCAUAAAGAAGAUAGUAAUCUCAUCUCAGGUUUUGAUGCUCCUGAGGGCCCCGAAAAGGUGGCAGAAGAUGAGUUUGACCCCAUUCCCGUGUUGAUAUCCAAAAACUCACAAGGUGGGCACUCUAGAAACAGCAGUGGGAGCUCUGAGUCCAGUCUUCCCAACCUAGCCAGGUCUUUGCUGCUGGUGGAUCAGCUCAUAGACCUGUAGCCGUGACCCAGUAGCAGAUGCAGUUCUGUAACCUUCAUACCGUAAUCUACGUUUUCAUUCCAGAGGAGUUAACCUUCAAUAUGAUUUUUUUUUAGUUUGCAAAAAAAAAAGGGGGGGGACUUGCCAGUCCUUAAUCCUCAUCUUUCACCUUCUCCCCUAGAAACAAUAAGGAAAGGAAAUGGCCUUCUAGAGAUACUUCUUGGCAAGUUCCUCCCAGUUCCCAUUUCGUCACUGGUUUCUCAUGAACCCACUUUCAAUAGCAUUAGCUUCAAUGUGAACUAGUUGCCACAAAACCUCAUUUUUGCUGGAAUCAAUCCCUACCUAGCUUGACCAAAAGCUCAAGUGUAACUGAACUAGUUAAUUGUCACCUGGUGUCCUCUCUUUUGUGCUCACUAGGAAUGGCCUCCCAAGCCAGUACUCCCCAAACCCUUUUCCUUAGACCUGAUGAAUAUGUUUAUCUCUUUCUUUUCUUUUCUUAAUGCAUCACCAUGUGGAGAUGGACCACUGACAUGUUCUCAGCUGGAGGCAAUAGACUGGGAAAGGAUCUAAGGCUUAAGGGAGAGUAGAAUGCCUUGUUGGUAGCGUAUGCUUGGCAGAAGAAGUUGGGUAUUGCCCUAGACGGCCAAGUUAGGCUUAGCCAAAAGCUUUCACACGCCACCCCACCACCAUCCCACCCUCACCCCCAAACCUGUUCAGCAUUCCUUUAACCUCUUGGACACGAAGAGAUCAAGAUAUAUGACUGCAAACACUGGCGAUCUUUUGGUAAAUUGCAUUCCAAGUAUUGCUAUUCCUAUUGUUGUAACUAUCCCAAGCCCAGAUCUCUGAAUUAGACCAAAAUAUAGACAGUGGUGGUAAUUAUAUCUUUAAUUAGAAGCCACUUUUUUGUUUGUUUAUGUGGGAGGGUUGGGGUAGGGGGGUGGGAGAAGGCAUAGCAGAAACGGAUGUAUUUUUCUUGUGAUUUUUAUUUUGAACUGAAUACUGUAAAUUAUGUAUAAAUGAAGAUGUUGACCAGUUCUGUUUCCACUUGGCGUUUCCAAUCCAAUGUCAGGUGUCUGUACAGGGUUUAUGCUUCCCUUCCCUUGUAAUUACUUGGCAGCCUCACCUUGUAAGUUCCAGGAUCCUCCUCACCUGACAAGUGUGUUGCUAUGAGCUUCCUUCAGAUCUUUUGUCUUUGUAGAGUAAGCGCGUUUCUGUUCAGGUCAUCAGAAGUGAGUGUGCUGUCGAGCUAGCACAGCGUGGCCGAGGCUAAAUUACCUUCCUUUCUCUUGGUGUUUAAGUUGGAGGCUGCCAGCCACUGUUCUGCUUGCUCUCCUUGGCUUACAAGCCAAAAAUCAAGAAACGGCACAGAGUUCUUCACUGACUUUAAAACACUGUUCAUGAAAUAAAGGACUCUGGACCAACAUACUCACAAGUUUAGUGGUUGCCCUCUGUUUGCAUAUGUAGCUCGUGCUAUUCGCUGAAUUGUGGUUUAUUUUAUUUUGUUUUUCUUCAUGUGAAAAAGCUACUGAUGAAACAAUUCGUGAGAAGAGGUGGGUUGGGCAAGCCUUCUACCUUCUCUCCCCCCACCUCCACUUUGGGCUCUAUCACUCACCCUCAAAAGGAAUCCAGCUCUUAGCUGAAAAGGUUUCUGUAAAUAAAAUUCCACAUCCACA